AUGUAUUGCCCGUUUGUGGAGCUCGGGAGUUCUCAUUUUGGUGGUGGUCGUUUAUCGUACAUCCCGGACGACGCCAAACGAUAUACUGGUGACGUCGCCGAGUUUGUCAACGGAUCGGUCGACAAGGCUGCGGACAAACUGAGAGAUACCCUCUCGAACUUGCCAGAAUGGGUUCCCGAAUCGUUUCGCCCUCAGGCACCGCCGCCGCCGCCGGUGAUUGCUGUGCCCGUUGGGGCCCUUGAGAGGGUGCAGAACUGGGUUUCGAGGCAUAAGAUCUUAACGGGUAUUGUUGUUGUGGCUACGGGGACGGUGGUUUACAAGUCGUAUAAGGCGAGCUUGUCGCUACGGAAGCACCGUAAGGCGAAGAGAGCGAGGAGUGGGGGGAGGUUGGAGGUUGUGGUUAUUGCUGGUUCGCCUGCGUUGCCGCUGACGAGGUCGUUGGCGCUGGAUUUGGAGAGGAAGGGGUUCAUUGUGUUUAUUGUGGCCAACACGCGGGAUGAUGAACUUUUGAUUCAGGGGAUGGCCAGGCCGGAUAUUCGGUCGUUUGCUUUGGAUAUCAAUGAUCCUACCCGUGUCGGUGCUUCAAUUGAGGAGUUCGCCCGCUACCUCCAAGAACCUCACGCGGCAAUCCCCAAGGGCAAGAAGUCCCACCUUCACCUUAAAUCCGUUAUUCUCAUCCCCUCCCUCAACUAUCAAACUUCACCUAUCGCCACCAUCCCUCCCUCCAGCUUCGCCGACCUUUUCAAGACUCAUCUUCUUCAGCCAAUCGUCACUAUUCAGGCUUUCCUCCCCAUCCUCACUGCCAGGUUGCAUCCUCCUCCUCCACCAACAGAGCUCGCAAGCAGUCUCGCCAAAGACGCCAGCAAGCAAAGAGAAAAGGAAGACCUCUCCCCCAAGGUGUUGGUUUUCACGCCUUCUAUCAUCUCCUCAAUCAACCCUCCCUUCCAUGCCCCUGAAGCAACCAUCUGCUCCGCCCUCUCAGCCUUCACAGAAGUCCUCGCCGCCGAGCUUCGCCCGCUCCAGGUCCCCGUAACUCACAUGCAGCUCGGAACCUUCGACUUCACUGGUUUCACCCCAGCUCAAGGCACCAAGUUCCAAUCUAGCACGGCCGGUCGUGCCAAUCAAGGUCUCAUCACUGCUUCUGGUGUCGAACAAACCCACAACUGGCCCGAUGCCGCCCGAAAGACCUACGCCCGGAACUUUGUCUCUCAGUCAACCUCCCCUAUUGGUACAACUGGAAUCAGGGGUAUGAGAGGAUCCAGCCUCAAGAACUUGCACGAUGCUGUGUUUGAUGUCAUUGAUGGCACCAUCACUGCGUCAACAGUGAGAGUUGGUUUGGGAGCGAGUGUCUAUGGCUUUGUUGGGCGGUGGGUGCCGAAGAGCAUGGUUUGUUUCAUCAUGGGCAUCAGGAAGGUUGAUGAGCUGGCUACUUGGCAGGGCAGUGCUCAUGGGAGCCCAAGGGGAGGAAGCCAUGAUGGAGAGGACGAGGACAAGAUGGCGGGGAGCGAGAGCUUUAUUAGUGUGGCGCCUUUGGAAGGUGUCGUGGGGGAGAAUGUGUGGAAGUCUUGA